AUGGCGGAUCUCCAGCGGGAAGUGUCGAGGGCUGUGCGGGAGGAGAGGGCGGCGCAGAGCCAGAGCGGUUCGCUGCGCGCCUUGCCAACCCACGAGGCUCCCCGUCCAGCUGCUCUCCCUCCGAACCUGCAGCCUGUUGCUGCGCCUCCCCCUCAGGUCCAGGCGCCACCUGCUCCUUCUCCCGCUGUAUCGGCCGUUCCUCCUGGUUCUCGUCUCCAUCUGCCGCCGCUUCCGCCCGUUGCGGGAGUGGAGUUUGUGGCCGCGGGUGGCGGCUCGUUGGCGGCUCCGUUUGCUCUCCCAGCUGAUGCUGAUGAGCCGCUCCAGUUCCUGGCGGAGGCGCUCCAGCCUCCGCAGACCCGUGUUCCCGAGGCAACUCUCGGACAGCUACACCGCCUCGCUGACAGUCUCCAUGCUCUGCUGCUGAUUCAGGUGCUGGCCCACUCGUCUCUCCCUGUGAUCCCUCCUGAGACGUUCCGUGGCCGCCAGCGUGACUCAUGCCUGGACGCGGCGGACCAGCUCGCGGUGCUGCUGGCGCCCGUGUUGGCUGCGCCCGCGGAGGGAGGCGCUGCUGCUGCUGGACAGCUUGACGAGGCUGUCCGGGGCCUGAGGCGGCACUUGCGCGCUGGAUCUGGAGCCGCGGCGAUCGGCGCAAGCACGCUUGUGGUGGGUGCUCUGCCAUAG